AUGUCGCAGUACGGGACCGCCAGAGGCACUCCUGUGGGCAAUCAGGAGAGCCAGGACAGCCGUUCGCAGCAGGGUCAGCACAAGCGUGUGUACCAGGCGUGCAUCCCCUGCCGACGCCGCAAGGUGCGCUGCGACCUGGGCAGCGUCGACAACCCCAGCGAUCCGCCGUGUGUGCGCUGCCGUCGCGAGAGUAAGGAAUGUUACUUCAGUGCCACUAGGAGAAAACGCAAGAACGACGACGGCGACCUCAGCGAUGGUGAGGAGUACGUUGUUCGAAAUGGCCGAAAGCGCGGUCCCGCCCAUGAUGAUCCCCCGCCUCCUCCCCGAAUCGAGCGUCACAUGUACAGCGACGUUCCUCUGACGCCAGGAGGAUCGCAAGGCCGACGAGAGCCGCUGAGGCGCCCCGACGGAACAAUCGAAGGACCACGACACGGGGUGAAGCGAAGCCGCAGAGACCGCGACUUUGGCUCUGAUGGAGACGACAACCAGCACAUGGAGAACCCGGAUGCCCAGACAGUCAUGCGACAAGGGGUUUAUGGACCGCACGAUGCCCUCGACCUGUUGUACAAGGCUGCGACGAACACUACUGAUAGGUUGGUCGCAACACCCAGAAGUGUCACUUACCAGCAGUCGCUACGGCAGCAUGUUGACAACAGCAGCCCACUGCCGGUAGCACAUAGACGCGUAGAGAGUCGGGCGUCAAUAGGAAGCUUGCUACCACCUCAGGCCACGGUCGACGAUCGAGCGGACCGGAGCGCGACGAUUCGAAACCCGACCCCCGCGGCGAGAUCCGAAAACCCCAUCGAACAUGAGUUUCCCAAGCGAGAUUCGAACACUCCUCCUGGGUAUAUCGAGGCUGUUCGCGCUUGGUCUAGGUUUCGUUUUGUUCGGGCGGGUUGGUUCACUCCCCAGGAAGCAAUCGAGUACAUCGACUACAAUCUGGCGUCUCAUGGUACACUACUAACUGACGAGCCCAUCCUUGCCGUGACUUUACUUACGAUCGCUUCGAGAUAUAAACAAAUGUCCGGCACUGGCGGUCACUGUCGUUCUCAUGCAAUUCAUGAACAACUCUGGACCUAUCUCAGAGGAAUGAUUGAGCGCUGUCUGUGGGGCCAAGAGGCCUUUGGCGGAGGAUUCUGCGGAUCGGGCUUGCCCGGCGGCGUGGAAUCACUCGAUGACAAUCGCACGAGUAGUACUGCUCCUUGGCGCGGCAUGCGCAAGGGAAGUUUGCGGACGUUGGGAACGAUCGAAUCCUUGAUGAUUCUGACCGAGUGGCAUCCUCGUGCACUCCAUUUCCCCCCAACAGAGGCCACAGACGAACUAAUGCUGCCACUCGAGAACGAGAAGAGCCUUCUCGCUGCUGUCGUUGAUGAUGACCCCAGCAGGCAGCCCGGUGGCGCAGGGUUCGGCGGCAAGCGUCUUGAGAGCUGGCUGGAGCCCGCUUGGAGAAGUGAUCGUAUGUGUUGGAUGCUUCUUAGUACAGCCAUGGGGCUGGGUUACGAAUUAGGUGUUUUUGAUGAUAUCGAUGAACUGCUCAAAGACGAUGCCAUUACGCGGCCAGAGUACCAGGAGGAGGUUUACAGGCAGCGCGCGAACCGGAUCAAACGGCUGCUCCUCAUCUACACGUCUCAACUGGCCGGCCGUUUGGGUUGGACUAGCAUGGCCCCUGAACACCUUAGAAAAGCUGAUCCAGCCGUGGCCCGCCGUCGGCCAUACCCAAACGAUGAGAGCACGCCGGGGACUGCCCUCUCCUCCUCCUUUUCCAAUGCCUUCAUUUACGUGCCUGACCUAGAGCUUGAUGAUCAAAUCAUUCACUGCUGGGCCGGGAUAAGCAAUGCCAUGCAUAUGGGCAACGAGAAACUGUUCAGAUCUCGGAAACACACAACAGCCAUCAUCCAGUCAGGCAAGUAUGUCGAUUUGUUGGGAGAGUUUGCUCCUCUGCUACGCGAUUGGUACAAAGAGUUUGAACGAUUCCGCCUGCCGCAGUUUCUACGACACAUUUUAACUAUCGAGUAUGAAUAUGUCCGCAUCUACAUUAAUUCCCUGUCGUUGCAGGCGGUCGUUGAGAGAUGCACAAAUAAUGCGGGAAAUGCGAACGGCGUCGUCAAUGGGGCUCAAGCGGCGCCCCAUAACGCGUCUCUCUCCCCUCAAACUAUACUCAGCUACGGCAAGCUUCCUCUGGGACAGCUCGGAGGAUUCACCAUUCACGAUCAAGAAUAUGUACGAGAGGUAGUCCAGGGCUCUCGAAACCUUCUCCGGACUGUUGUAGAUGGUCUCCUUCCCAGUGGGCAUCUCAAGCAUGCACCUGUGCGAACCUACUUUCGUAUCAUCAGCGGCGCUAUGUUCCUGCUGAAGACGUUUGCUUUGGGCGCGCCACGUUCGGAUGUGAAGAUCAGCAUUGACUUGAUGGACGCUACUGUUGAAGGCCUGCGCAACUGUGUCGUCGACGAUGUUCAUCUGGGAAUAAGAUUUGCAGAUCUUCUCGAGACUCUAACAAGCAGGCUACGAAACCGGUUCAUCCAAGCCCCCACAAUGCAGAAGGCAUCUGACGAGACUCCCCCCAUUGUGCAAAACGGUGGUCAAGAACAAGCCAGUGGAGAUGGCGGCUGGGUAGAUAGACACGCCCAGUCACUCCGCCAAGGGCUGAACGAACACAGAGCACACGGAAUGGAAGGGAACAAUAUUUCAGCCACACCAUUUGAUCUGUCUAGCGGCAACUUUCCGUACCCCGGCGGGGCAUCGCUUGGACCAGGGACUCCUGCUCCCGUGGAGAACAGCAACCCAUCCGCGCCUGGGGCUGGCAUGGAUGUGACCUUGUUUGACGAUUGGAACAACCCCGGCAAUGAGAUGUGGUAUCUCCCCACAGGACCCGCAUUCUUCCAGAAUAUGGAGGGCAACGCCGUGUCGAUGACGGCCGAGGGUGUCAAUGUUGGAGGGCUGGAUCUUCUUGACUACAUGGCAAUGGACCCAAGUCAGUUUUCCGGUGUCGACAGUAGUGGUGGCAACGGGGGGAGCCACGCCCCAGGGCCAGGCGGGCUUAACUAA